AUGUCUUUAGGUACUUUAUUCUCCACCGAACAAAUCCGUUCUCUCCCACCAAAGGCUUUAAUCAAGCACUUCAACUUAGAUGUUAAGCUUGAAAAAGAAGACGAGUCUUACAAAAAGCACUUCCCAUUAGGAAAGAUCCCAGGUUUCAUUGGACCAAAGGGAUUCAAGUUACAUGAAGUCAUUGCUAUUUCUAUUUACUUGAUCAACUCUGCUGACCCAGAAUCCAAGUUAUUAGGUAAGAACGCUAAGGAAUAUGCUGAAGUCUUGAAGUGGUUAUCUUUAAGUAACUUCGAAUUAUUGCCACACAUUGCUAAGGUUUUCAAGCCAUUAACUGGUGCUGCUCCAUACAACAAGAAGCAAGUUGAUGAAUCCUCAGAAUUCAUUGAAAAGGUCAUUGGUAUCUUUGAAGAUAGAUUAGCUAACUACACUUACUUAGUUAGCGAAAGAUUAACCUUCGCUGAUAUCUUCUCUGCUGCUCUUAUCGUUAGAGGUUUCGACAACUUAUUCGGUAGUGAAUGGAGAAAGGCUCACCCAAACACCACCAGAUGGUUCAAGACUGUUACUCAACAAAAGAUCUUGCACGAUGUUCUUGGUGACUACAAGUUCAGAGAAAAGCCAGUUGAAUAUGUUGCUCCAAAGAAGGAAAAGAAGCAAACUCAACAACCAAAGAAGGAAGCCGCUCCAGCUGCUGCCGCUGCUGCUGCUGCUCCAGCCGCAUCCUCCGAUGCUCCAGCUCCAAAGCCAAAGCACCCAUUAGAAGCUUUAGGUAAGCCAACCACCCCAAUUGACGAAUGGAAGAGAUUCUACUCUAACGAAGAAACCAGAGAAUCUGCCAUCCCAUGGUUCUGGAGCAAGAUGUACAACCCAGAAGAAUGGAGUUUGUGGAAGGUUGACUACAAGUACAACGACGAAUUAACCUUGACCUUCAUGUCUAACAACUUGGUCGGUGGUUUCUUCAACAGAUUAUCUGCUUCCACCAAGUACAUUUUCGGUUGUAUGGUCGUCUACGGUGAAAACAACAACAACGGUAUCACCGGUUUCUUCAUGGUCAGAGGUCAAGACUACGUUCCAGCCUUCGAUGUUGCUCCAGAUUGGGAAUCUUACUCUUUCACUAAGUUAGAUGGCUCAAACGAAGAAGACAAGAAGUUCGUGAACAACAUGUUAGCAUGGGACGAACCAGUUAUCGUUGACGGUGAAACCAAGGAAAUCGCUGACGGUAAGGUUUGUAAGUAA